CACAUUUUGAGCGGGGGAGCAAGGUGAAUGGCAGGUGAGGGUGAAAGGUCGAACAUGACUGUAGCGGAAAGAGACAGUCUGGCAGCACACAAAGUGAUUGAACUCUCUUCUCUACUCAUCAUGGACUCGCUCCCCCGUGUUCUGAUCCUCUUCUCUCUGCUAUGUUCAGCCACAGGUCAAGGUCUUGUAGUCACAGUGGAGCCCCACACUACUACUGUGCGCGAGGGGGAGUCUGUGAGCUUCAGGUGCCAAGUGGGGAGCGGUGUACAGCAUACUCAGCUGCAGUGGAGGAGAGCCAAUAAUCAACCCUUAGCAGACAAUGUUAAGAUUGGCCCCAGUGGUGCUGUGCUAACAGUGGCUAAUGCUCGACCUGCCAAUCAGGGCGAGUACCAGUGUGUGGCGUCCAGCUCUGCAGGUUCCAGCCAUGCUUCAGCCCAGCUCAACGUCAAAUAUCCUCCUAAAGUACGCCUGUCACCCACCGGAACUCUGCGGGUCAAAAUUGGUGACCGUGUGUCAGUGCAGUGUCGUGCCACAGGCAGGCCACGCCCCAAGACGAACUGGAGACGCCAAGGCUCGUCUUUGCAGCUGGUUACUGAGGACAUCGAUGGCGUCAACACCAUCCAGUGGAAUGUGAUACGUCCAGAAGACUCGGGUGUGUAUAUUUGUCAGGCUGAGAACAAUGUGGGUGCGACCGAAGUCAAAGUGGAGGUCAUCGUGGAAGCGGGACCUGGUGCACCCACAGCCUCAGUGAGUCAUAAAGAAAUGACAGUUGUGGAGGGACACACUGUCACUAUGGAGUGUCAAGCCAUUGGUUCUCCAGCUCCUGUCAUUACCUGGUCCAAGCUGAGAGCCCCGUUGCCAUGGAAACACACAGUGGCUGGUGGUGUCCUAACACUGACCAGCGUGGGGCGCCAGGACUCAGGCCAAUACAUCUGUAACGCCACAAACAUCCACGGCUACAGCGAGGCAUACACACAGAUGGAGGUGGAGAGCCCUCCUUACGCUACCUCUCUACCCGACCAAGUGAGGCUCCAGCCCGGAGAUUCUCUUUCUCUACGUUGUCUGGCUCACGGCUCCCACCCCAUUCAGUUUGAAUGGAGCCGAGUGGGCAGAGUCAACCUCCCUGCCGGAAGUCAGACCACAAAGGAUGGACUGCUCUUCAUAGCGCGUGUUAAACUGAAUGACGGCGGGUCAUACAAGUGCGUGGCCACCAACCACAUCGGCUCCACCGAGGCGCUGGCCAAAGUCAUUGUUAAAGCUUAGACCAUCGUGGUCACAUCAUAUCACACUUCAGUGUUCCUGCAAGACUGGAUUGUGACAUCACAUGGGAAGCAACAUUCAAGUGUGUAGCAGAUACACUCAUACAUUUGUAAUAGUGGAUGUACUAAAAUCACUUGAUGAAAUUUUUAAUACCAUACCAAAACACUUAGUAAUUAGUAAUAAUGCUACAUCAAUAAAGCACCUCAAUACUUAAAAUAUUUUAUUAAAUUGUGACGCAUUUCCUUUUAAAUCUGAACUAACAGUUAGCUGUGCAACCACAAGGGGGCGACAGUACACUGACACUGGGAGGACGUCCAUUGAACAAAAUGAACCUAUUCCACCAUACACCAUACCAAAACAGUUAGUAAUUAGUAAUAAUGCUACAUCAAUAAAGCACCCAAAUACUUAAAAUAUUUUAUUAAAUUGUGACGCAUUUCCUUUUAAAUCUGAACAGUUAGCUGUACAGCCACAAGGGGGCGACAGUACAUUGCUGUGACACCUUCGUGGGAGGACGUCCAUUGAACAAAAUGAACCUAUUCCACCAUACACCAUACCAAAACAGUUAGUAAGUAGUAAUAAUGCUACAUCAAUAAAGCACCCCAAUACUUAAAAUAUUUUAUUAAAUUGUGACGCAUUUCCUUUUAAAUCUGAACUAACAGUUAGCUGUGCAACCACAAGGGGGCGACAGUACACUGACACUGGGAGGACGUCCAUUGAACAAAAUGAACCUAUUCCACCAUACACCAUACCAAAACAGUUAGUAAUUAGUAAUAAUGCUACAUCAAUAAAGCACCCCAAUACUUAAAAUAUUUUAUUAAAUUGUGACGCAUUUCCUUUUAAAUCUGAACAGUUAGCUGUACAGCCACAAGGGGGCGACAGUACAUUGCUGUGACACCUUCGUGGGAGGACGUCCAUUGAACAAAAUGAACCUAUUCCACCAUACACCAUACCAAAACAGUUAGUAAGUAGUAAUAAUGCUACAUCAAUAAAGCACCCCAAUACUUAAAAUAUUUUAUUAAAUUGUGACGCAUUUCCUUUUAAAUCUGAACUAACAGUUAGCUGUGCAACCACAAGGGGGCGACAGUACACUGACACUGGGAGGACGUCCAUUGAACAAAAUGAACCUAUUCUACCAUACACCAUACCAAAACAGUUAGUAAUUAGUAAUAAUGCUACAUCAAUAAAGCACCCCAAUACUUAAAAUAUUUUAUUAAUUUGUGACGCAUUUCCUUUUAAAUCUGAACUAACAGUUAGCUGUGCAACCACAAGGGGGCGACAGUACACUGCUGGUACACCUUAGUGGAAGGACUCCAUUGAACAAAAUGAACCUAUUCCCAAAAGUGAUUGCCAGCCAUUCUAAUGUUGAAAGAAAAACAGAACUGCUGAGCACAGCGUUUUAGCUCAAUGUGUUAACAUGAACAAUAAAAUCCAAAUUUCACUUGCAGCUGACUUAUUGCAAAACUUUGGCCUGGAUUGAAAUCAAGCCUUUAAUGAAGUGUUAGCUUGCCAUUUAGGGGUUGUGGCUGCAGCAGUAAAAUGGAAAGAAAGCUGACAUUUCCAGUACUUGAGCCAGAGUGCUGCCUAUAUCUGGCCCCUCUCGUAAAAAACCCAAACGUCUCCUCGGAUAAAGAGGCUUUAGCCUUUCCGCUCUUCCAUCUUUACAAGCAUCGUCAAAGCUUGAGGGAGGAACAUCUGCCCUUUGUCACCUCACCCCACCGCCUCACUUGACAGACACGCACCAAAGAGUCCAGAGUGGAAACAUAAAUAUUGUCUUAUUUGAAAUAUAUCCAAGUAGAGAUCAGGCAGAGUGGAAAAUUAUUCAUUCUCUUCUGAAUACACACAAAGAAGUCCUUUCUGAUGGCAUGUAAUAGAAAAAGUUCCAGCAGUCCAAAUAAUCUUAAAAUAAAUUCCAUAAAGAGGG